AUGAAGAAGCUCUCAAAGAAGAAGGUGAAAGAACGCAGGAAGCUCGGAAUUGUUAAAGCCUAUGUGUCGAGAGCCAACGCAAUUAGGAAACUUCAGAUCCCACUGUCGGACUUUCGCCGGCUUUGCAUCCUGAAGGGAGUCUAUCCGGUGGAGCCGAAGAAUAAGAGCAAACUCACUGGCGCGAAUACACGAAGAAAGACCUACUUCUACACCAGAGAUAUCCAGUUCUUGAUGAACGAUCCAUUGAUACACAAAUUCUGGGAGUUUAAGAUUUUCAUGAAACGGCUCACAAAGGCCAAGGGACGCCAUGAUCUAGAGAAAUUCAACAAGGUUAAUGAAGCGAAGCCAAUCUAUAAGUUGGACACCAUCGUCAAGGAGCGUUAUCCAAGGUUCGUUGACGCGCUAAGAGACUGUGAUGAUGCCUUGAGCAUGUGUUUUCUAUUCGCCAUGUUUCCAAAAGGUCGCGGACGACCGGACGAUCUGAUUGACCUAAGUAGGAAGCUAACAUUGGAAUUCUUGCACUACGUGAUUGCCAGCAAAAGCCUCAGAAAAGUUUUCAUCACCAUCAAGGGUUACUAUUAUCAGGCCGAAAUCAUGAGCCAAACUAUCACUUGGAUCGUUCCACACCAGUUUGUCAUCGACCGAGUCUCAAAUGUCGACCUCAACGUGAUGAAGACCUUCGCCGAAUUCUAUGUCACACUGUUAGGAUUUAUCAACUAUAAGUUAUUCAAAUCAAUCAACGCUGUUUAUCCGCCCGAAUUCGCGGCCAGCAAUAUAUUGAAAACGAAUGGAACUGACAACAGCAGCAAGAUCAAGCAAAACCGAAAGAGGAAGCAUCUCGAUGAUGAUAGCGAAAAUGAGGACGAGGAGCUGCUCAAGGAUGAGAUGACAGCCACAUUGAACAAGCAAAUCAAAAUUCUAGAGAACAAGUCGCUCGCCGAGGCCGAGAAGAGCGACCAGCAGUUGGAUGUUUUCGAAGAGGAGGAGGAAGGCGCCGAAGAGAAAGCCAAAGAGGAUAAGAUGACUCUUCAACAGGUUAUAGCUCUCGAGCGACUAUUCUCGGGUAUGAAAUUCUUCUUGAAUCGCGAAGUUCCACGAGAAUCGCUUACAUUUGUGAUCAGAUCGUUAGGCGGCGAGGUCUCGUGGGACAAGAAUCUCUAUCCGGGCGCCACUUUCGAUGAAAGCGAUCCCGAUAUCAAGUACCAGAUAGUGGAUCGUGAAUCGGUGGCGGAGCGUCGACUAGAUCGGACAUUUAUCCAACCACAAUGGAUUUAUGAUUCGCUCAAUAUGAGAAUGUUGCUGCCCACUGACGACUAUUUGAUGGGUGCAAAGCUACCACCUCACUUAUCGCCGUUUGUGAAUGAGAAGAAGGGCGAAUAUGUUCCACCAGAUAAGACCAAGAUGCUCAACCUUCGUAAGCAAUUCGAGGCAGAUAUGGCCUCCGAGGAUAAGGUCAACAAGGGCGAGGGUGGCGUUGAGUCCGAGCUGGAGACUGAUGCCGAAUUCGAGAAAGAGGUCGAUGACCAGGAAUCGGAUUCCGAGGUUGAGUCCGCGAAGAGGCGGCAAGCAGAUGCCGACGAAAAGAAGGCAAAGAAGAUGAAGGUCAACGAAAUCAACAAGUCCAACAAGAGGUCUAAGAUGGCCGUGAAGAAAGGUAAACUCAAGAUAGAGGAUAAGGAAGAGUUGAAGAAGAAAGAGGACGCCGAGCACAGAAAGAUGGGUAUAAUGAUGAUACCGAAGAAGAAGAAGCGUCUCUUUGACAAGAUAACUAGAACAAAGAAGCAAAAGAGUAUGAAGACACAGAAGAUGAAGAACAAGAGAAAGAUUGUUGAGGCAAUCGCGACUCGACAGAAGCAAAAGAGUGACAAAAAGUUUGCAAACAAGACCAAGGCCAGAUGA